GUCAGUGGCCUUUGGCUUUUUUUAAUCCAUAAAUUUAAGUUUUUAAACUCUUUCUUGUUUGCUGAUGCAAGGCUGUCUAUAACAAAUAUAGUUUGAUCGCUGGAACUCAAGAACACAGACAUGUCUGCUGUGACUGCGUCGAUAUUCUUAACUUUGCUGUUUGUCGGAGUCUUCGUGUUUGUCUCUGCAGACCAGAAAACCAUCACAGUUGCAUCUGGACAGGACGUCAUUCUGCCAUGUCGAGUUCCAAAUAAAAAUACAAAGAAAUUUGUACAGUGGAGCAGAGCUGACCUGGAGCCGGAAUAUUUCCUUGUUUAUCGGGAUGGGCAGGCUCUGCCAGAUAACCAGCAUCCAUCUUUUAAGAACCGGGUGGAUCUGCAGGACAGACGGAUGAAGGCUGGAGACGUGUCUUUGAUUCUGAAGCAUGUGAGCAGCGCUGAUACUGGAUCAUAUGUGUGUCGUGCUUUCAUGGAAGAAACACGUUCAUGGAAACCAAUCAGCAUCAUCAACCUGAAUGUUCCUCCAGAUCAGAGAAACAUCACAGCUGAGUCUAGAAAGAGUGUUAUUCUGCCAUGUCGAGCUCCAAACAACAAAAAGAUCAAAUUCAUACAUUGGAGCAGAGCUGACCUGGAGCCGGAAUAUCUACUUGUUUACCGGAAUGGGCAGUAUCUUCUAGAUAACCAGCAUCCGUCUUUUAAGAACCGGGUGGAUCUGCAAGACUUACAGAUGAAGGGUGGAGACGUGUCUUUGAUUCUGAAAAACGUGAAUACUGCUGAUGAUGGAACCUACCAAUGCCGUGUCUUCAUGGAAGAAACACGCUCAUGGAAGCUCAGCAUCAUCAACCUGAAUACUUCUCUAAUGACUUUUAUCUCCUCCUUUGGCCAGCCAAUUAUCCCAGCAGAGUAA